AUGAACGACAUCUACAAGGCAGCGGUCGAGCAGCUGACGGACGAACAGAAAAAUGAGUUCAAGGCCGCCUUCGACAUCUUCGUACAAGACGCGGAGGACGGCUGCAUCAGCACCAAGGAGCUGGGGAAGGUGAUGAGGAUGCUGGGCCAGAACCCCACGCCCGAGGAGCUGCAGGAGAUGAUCGACGAGGUGGACGAAGACGGGAGUGGCACGGUGGACUUUGACGAGUUCCUGGUCAUGAUGGUGAGAUGCAUGAAGGACGACAGCAAAGGGAAGUCAGAGGAGGAACUGGCGGAGCUGUUUCGCAUGUUUGACAAGAACGCAGACGGUUACAUCGACCUGGACGAGCUGAAGAUGAUGCUGGAGUCUACAGGAGAGGCGAUUACCGAGGACGACAUCGAGGAGCUGAUGAAGGACGGGGACAAGAACAACGACGGCAAGAUCGACUACGACGAGUUCUUGGAGUUCAUGAAAGGAGUGGAGUAAUCCGUGAGGGGCGAAACAGGAGAAGAUGCCAGAGUGUUAUUUUUUUUUGUAUUUCAUCUCCACGGUCACCUGUGGAAAACUGGAAGCCCGAAUUCUGAAAAAAAACGGAGAAAAAAAACGCCUGCCGAUA